UUCCAUCUCUAUAUUCUAUUUAAAUUUUUUUCUUUUUUUAAUAUAUUUCUUUAUUUGUUAUCAUUAAUGUUACAUCAAUCAAUAUAAAUAUUUCAAUCAAUAAAAAUUGUUUGUGAUUUAUUUCAUAUUGUAAUUUUAAUUAAAAUGUAAUAAACUAAAAAAAAUUACAUGAUCUGAUUAUUGUUUGAGAUCACAAUGAAUGACAAAAAUGCCAUAGAGAUUUUUACCAAAUUCUCUCGUAUAAGUCUAUCAUGGUUUGGAGCGUGGCCAUUGCAAACAAAUAAAAUAUUAUCAAGAUUCUUGUUUUUUAUUAGUAUUACAUUUAUGAUAUUAAGUAUUCUAAUACCACAAGGCAUUAAGUUGAUUCAAGUUAAGAAUAAUUUGGAUCUUAUAAGUCAAAUUGUUUCUACUGUAGAAUUACCAUAUGUUGUUGCAUUGACAAAAAUGAGCGUACUAUAUUACAGUAAAGAAAAAAUAACAAUCCUCUAUGACUACAUGAUUGAUCAUUGGAAAAAAACAAGAAGUAAUGAUGAAAUUAAGAUAAUGAUGAAAAAUGGUGACAAGGGUAAAAAAAUUGCACUUUUAUGUACAUUUUUGGGACAUGCAACAAUGAUCUCACGUUUAGUUCCAUGGACAUUUGAAAAUUUUAAUUGUUGGAAUGAUUCAGAGCACUUCAAAAAUUAUACAUUAUAUGUUGAAGCAUAUUUUCCAUAUACUUGGAAUUAUAGUCCGGUUUUUGAAUUAACUUGUUUUAUUGAAUUUGUUGGUAUAUAUUUAGGAAUGAUUGCUUAUACUGGUACUGACGGUUUUUUCAGUCAAAUUGUUUUACAUCUUUCUGGAGAAUAUCUUAUUUUAAGUUUAAAACUCAUUGAUAUUGUCAAUACUUUUAAAGUUACGAAAAUUGAUUAUGAAUUUGAUGAAAAAUUUGGCCAAAUAGUUGAUGUUCACUAUCAUAUAAAUAGUUGUAUCGCAAUAUUAGAAAAUACAUUCAACUUGAUGUUUUUGGUUCAAUUGAUCGCUUGCAGUAUCCAAUUCUGUUUACAGGGAUUUAUGCUUGUUUUGUAUGUAACAGAAAAAAAUUCCACUCCUAUGUUAGUAGAUGUUCUUUUUAUAAUAGUAUUUCUUAUGUAUAUGAUUGGAAAUUUUUAUGUAUAUUGUUAUUUGGGUGAACAGCUACAGAUGGAAAGUUUUGCAUUCGCACAGACAGCUUAUGAUUGUGUGUGGUACCACUUGCCUCCACAAAAAGCAAAAUGUUUGCUUCUUCUAAUGCAGUCUGGUCACAAACCAGUGUCAAUAACAGCUGGUAAAUUUUGCGUUCUUAAUUUGCUUCUAUUUCGAAAUAUUAUUAAAACAUCAAUGGGCUAUUUGUCAUUUCUGAUAACAACGAGACAAAGCAAUAAAUCCUUGGAACUUCUUUCAAAAUACGCUCGCAUAAAUCUUACAAAAUUUGGAGCUUGGCCACGUCAAAAAAAUAAAAAAUUAUCCAAAUGUUUAUUUUAUGUUUGUCUAUUUACUCUACUUUUUGGUGUUUUUCUUCCACAAACUUUUCAAGCGCUUCAAGUGUGGAAGAAUUUUGAACUUUUAAGCAAUGUCUUGUGCACUGCAGAACUCACAAUUGUGAUUGCCAUAACAAAAAUGAUUGUACUUUUUUAUAAGAAAAAAAAAAUUACCAUUCUUUUUAACACUAUGUUUGACCACUGGAAUAAAAAGAAAAGUAAAGAAGAAUUAAAAAUUAUGCAAGAAAGUGGUUAUAAAGGAAAACAAUUUUCGUUAAUAUGCAUAAUUUUGCCAUAUUCAACUGUUCACUGUCGUUUAUUUCAGUGGAUUAUUGAAAAUUUGAAUAAUUGGAAUAAUCCCGAAUAUUAUAAAAAUUAUACGUUAUUCGUUGAAGCUUAUUUUCCAUUUAAAUGGAAUUAUAGUCCAGUUUUUGAAUUCACUUGUUGUUUACAAUACAUUGCAGUAAUGUGUGCAACAUUUGCAAACAGUGGAGCAGACAGUUUUUUUAGUCAAAUUAUUUUCCAUUUUAUUGGACAAUAUCAAAUUUUACGUUCAAGACUUGCAGAUCUUAUUAGAAAUAUAGAAAACAAUAUGCUUGAGGAUGAGUUCAAUGAAGAAUUUAAAAAUAUUGUUUAUAUUCACCAUCAUAUUAAUAGUUGCAUUGAAAUGUUAGAAAGCUGCUUUUAUUUGACGUUUUUAGUACAACUACUAGCAUGUUCCUUUCAAUUUUGUUUGCAGGCCUACUUUUUUGUUUUGAUUUUAACAGAAGAUAAUUCAAAUUCAGUGUUACCAGCUAUCAUGUUUAUAGUGGUUUAUUUUAUAUACCAAACAACAACUUUUUACAUAUUUUGCCAUUUGGCAGAAAUGUUACAAAUGGAAAGUUUUUAUUUUGCGCAAACUGCAUAUGAAUGCAAAUGGUAUAAUUUGCCUCCUCACAAAUCGAAAUGUCUUCUUCUUUUAAUGCAAAGUGGUCACAAGCCGGUAUCAAUAACAGCUGGAAAAUUUUGUGUCCUCAACUUUAUGCUUUUUGGAAGUAUUAUUAAAACGUCUAUGGGAUAUCUAUCUUUUUUAAUAACAAUGAAGAAAAAUAACAAAUAACACUGCAUUUUUGAAGAAAAUAUGAAUAAAUGUUGUAUAUUCUGUAUAUCUUUUUCUGUAU